AGCGCCUCUCCCCCAAAGCAUACGAGCGACGCCCAUCCUGACAUCACAUCCCGUUCUGGGCUGCCGGAAAGAACAUCGCUGUUGUUCCGGAGCCAGCAUUCAAGCUUCGCGCUCUGCAGACGCGCAGUGUCACGCGUCCCACUUCUGCGGUGAUCCUUUCCGACCCGGCCAAAGUUUUCGCUCUCCAAGCUUCCGGCGCGUCUCCAGUGCUUCACAAGGCCAUUGCGAUGUCGUCUAGCACCACAACCGUUCGCCAAACCACGGUGACGACGUCCGGUUCGUCGCCAGUGGUUGCCCUGUCGGUGAAUACAGCGUUCCUGACGAGCAUUGGAGGCAUUCUGACACUGAUUGAGCUGAUCCUGGGUAUCAUCGUGUUCAGCCUGUGCUACACCUACACCGGUUACAGCUCGGGCAUCUUCCUCCUGCUCAUCUCGUUCACGUACUGGCUCAUCUCCUUCUACAUUCUGCUGUCCGCCUUCUUGUCGGCGUCGGGGACGCUGCUGCCUAGCACCUUCUUUUAUUUCCUGUUCCACGUGUUCGGAACGCUGCUGUACGCCGCCGGCGGCAUCGCUGUAUUGGCUCAUGUUACCAGAUUCAGCCACUCAGGUGCCAUUGCUUCGGGGGCUCUGGGACUGAUAGCGGCCAUCUGCCACGUGGUGCACGUGGCGUUCAUCUACAAGGGACCCAAGCUGUAGUCAUAAGAGAACUUAAGUGCUGCUGAACGGGCGUUGAAUCACGCACAUUGAGCCCAGUCUACUUUGCGUUGUGAUGGGCGUAUGAUUACUCCACUGCCAUAAAGUUUAUUUCGCGGAUAUGUUUCAUGGUGCCUUAGACAAAGCAGCUUUACUUACGUUGUGAAAUAAAGUUGUUUGUUGAAUAGAUACGGAUUACUAAGGUGACAUAUUCAUGUGAUCCUGCGUAGGAAAGCUUAAGAAGAAAGUGAAAUAUAUAUUUGUUGAAACCAUACGACAGCUGCUCUGUGCCAAAGUUGCGCGCCGUGUCUGUGCGCGUUUCUAGUUAAAGAUACAUUAAAUAUAAAAGAAACUGAGAAAAUUGAUUUGCCUUAAACAAAUGUUUCUCCUGAUUAGCCACAUUGCCCUGCCCCGAUAAGCAAGAAGUGGUCUGUACGCAACAUAAUGGACCCGAACUUUAAUGUAACUUAGGUGAAAGUGAACUUGAAACUAAGCCGACGAGAACCAAGGGAUUUCAACGGGAAGCGUUUGUCAUCAAGGUUGAUAGGAUUCAGGUCUUAGAGCUAUGGACGCUGCGAAAGGUAGCAACAGGAGUCAUAGGACACUACAUGACCACACUAUAUUUAGGCCAGCCUGUUUUUGCUUACUUAGGCAGGGUCAAUAUUUGAAUCCUUAGGUCACGGGUGAUGAAACUCAAGUACAGAUUGUAGAGACCCUAUAUACUACAUGCCGUUUCUGUGCGGCAUUGUUUAAAGCCAUUUGUAUGUUGCAUGGCCUAACUAAAGAAAGGGAGCGAAAGAGUGAGAAAAAAGGUGUGACUGGUUGUUACAGGAAGUGCGCUAUGCUCUAGCUAACGUUAACGGCUUUUCACUAUUUUGGAACUUAAUAAUCAAACCAUUAUUUUCUUGCUGACGGUGGUGGUGGUGUCGUCAUUGUGAUUGCUUUGAAAAUACCACCCAUGAGAAUGCCUCCUCUGUGAGAAUUUUCUAUGGAAGAGACAGUAAAAUGUUGUUUGAUUAUUAAACUGUUAGUUAUAUAGCGGAACGAAGUGUCAUGAACAGAUGAAAACCAUUGUGGUCCUUGAAGCGCAGUCAGGAAGCGCAAGAACCAUGACGGUGCCGUCACCAGGUCUGGUGUACUUUUCGCAAAACCUGAAUAAAGAUCACGAAAUUGAA